AUGUCACCAAAUAACAAUCCUAUAUCUACCUCUGUGAUAGCUAUUGCUGAAAGGGAAGUUACUUCUGAAAAAUUAGCUAAUAUGUUGUUAUUAGGAGGUCCAAUACCAAUUAGGGCUAUAGUGAAAGGGUUAAUUAGGGAUAUCCCAUUGUUUAAAGAGUUUUCUCCUUCAAAACAGAGAAGAGUUAUCAUGAGAGUCAUGUCAAAGGGUGAUAUUAGAAGAAGUAUAAUUUUUCAAAAAGUCGGUUGGGGCCAAUGGUCUGCUAAAGAAGUUCCAAGAUCAGAUUUCGAAACACAAAGAGCUUUAACAAACGAUUUUAAUUCUAAUUUUAUCGAAACCUCAUUGCAUAAAAAGACAUAUAUGCAAACUUUUGAUUCUAAUAUUGUCGAUGAGAAUGCACUUACUUCGGAGAACGAUGAGGAUGACUCUGAUAUUAAUGAAAACGUAAAACUUGCAAAAGUUAACCAUCAUAUGAAAAGAUCAAGAAGGUAUAGCAUCUCGUUAAAAUCAAGAGCAAGGGUUAACUCAAUUACAGAUGAUCCACAAUUCACAAACUCUAGAAUAAAUAAAAACUCGACUUUCUUGUUAGGAGCAAAUGGUAAAAGAAGAAAAAGUUCAGUGGUCCUUACAAGUCCACAUUGGAGAAAUAAUUCCCUGUUCAGUCAAAAUAGUAACAAUAGAACAAUCUGUGACUCUGUAUUAAUGUCUGACAACGAAAUUUUAAAUAAAGGUAAUGAUAGCGACACAAUAUCUCAAGGAGACGAAAAUUGUAACCAGCAACCCCGUUAUUUACCAAAACUUAAACCAAUUCCAAUUGGGAAUAAUUUUUCAUUUGUUUCAAAUGUUGCUUCAGAUGGUAAUUUAGAUUCAAUGAACCUCAUUUAUAACUCUAUGUCAAAUUCACCAGUUACUGAUACAUUGAAUAAUCAAAUAAAUUUACCAACAAAUCAUUAUAUAAUUAACCACAGUAACUCUCCAGAGGUAAGACAGAACUCAAAGAAAAGCGAUUAUAUCAACGAAUCUUCCAUAAGAUCAACGCUGCAUUCAACUGGAAAUGAUAGCACUAUAGAAUCAUUCCCCUCUUCUGACACAGAUGAUGAGGAUUGGGAGUCAAUUGGGGCUUUGUCUCUAAGAUCAUCCAGUUAUUCCAUUCUCUCAAAAGAAAACCAUAGAAGGUCCAGCAGAUCAUCGCAUAACUUUCAUGAAGAUACAAAUGUCGCGUCAUUGUUACUCAGUUUAAAAUCAUAA